CUUUUUUGAACAUUACCGGUUUCGGAGACUUCCCUCUAGGGGAUUUGCCAAUGCUGCAGGUAUUGAGAUACACUUCUGAAAAUGUUUUUGUACCAUUAACUGUUGGAGGUGGCAUUAGAGAUUUCACAAAUGCAAAUGGCAGGCACUAUACUAGUUUGGAAGUUGCUUCAGAAUAUUUUAGAUCUGGGGCUGAUAAAAUUUCCAUUGGAAGUGAUGCCGUAUACGCUGCGGAAGAAUAUCUAAGAACUGGAGUAAAGACUGGAAAGAAUAGCUUAGAGCAGAUAUCUAGGGUUUAUGGAAAUCAGGCAGUAGUUGUAAGUAUUGAUCCUCGUAGGGUGUACCUCAAGAAUCCCAAUGAUGUAGAGUUCAAGGCUGUAAGGUUGACAAAGUCAGGUCCAAAUGAAGAAGAGUAUGCCUGGUAUCAGUGUACGGUAAGCCUACUUUUCUUUCGGCAUGAGUGCACUCUUUGGUAAGACAUUUUAACCCUGAAUGUGUUAACGAACUAGCUAUCAGGCAUGAUUUUUGCUUCAUUCCA